GCGGAGGCCGAGUCGGAGGACGCGGCGCGGGCGUGGAGGCGGAGGCGGCCGGCGGGGGGCGGCGAGGGGCGUCGGAUCCCCGCAGACCUGUCGUCCUCGGCCCGUCCUCCGGCCCCGGCCCCGCGCGGCUGAGGAGGCGCGGCCGGGACCAUGUCGGCGGGCGGCCGUGACGAGGAGCGGCGGAAGCUGGCCGACAUCAUCCACCACUGGAACGCCAACCGGCUGGACCUGUUCGAGAUCAGCCAGCCGACCGAGGAUUUGGAGUUCCAUGGAGUGAUGAGAUUUUAUUUUCAAGAUAAAGCUGCUGGAAACUUUGCAACAAAAUGUAUUCGGGUCUCUAGUACUGCCACCACUCAAGAUGUAAUCGAAACGCUCGCAGAGAAAUUUCGACCUGAUAUGCGAAUGCUGUCCUCUCCCAAGUAUUCACUCUAUGAAGUGCAUGUCAGCGGAGAAAGAAGAUUGGACAUAGAUGAGAAACCUCUAGUUGUACAAUUGAAUUGGAACAAAGAUGACCGGGAAGGCAGAUUUGUUCUUAAGAAUGAGAAUGACGCCAUUCCUCCUAAGAAGGCUCAAAGUAAUGGACCUGAAAAGCAGGAAAAAGAAGGGGUUAUCCAGAACUUCAAGAGAACUCUGUCAAAGAAAGAAAAGAAGGAAAAAAAGAAGAGAGAAAAAGAGGCAUUGCGACAGGCGUCUGAUAAAGAUGAUAGACCUUUCCAAGGGGAGGAUGUUGAAAAUUCUCGACUGGCUGCUGAGGUUUACAAAGACAUGCCUGAAACCAGCUUUACUCGAACCAUUUCUAAUCCUGAGGUGGUUAUGAAACGACGGAGGCAACAAAAAUUGGAAAAGAGAAUGCAGGAAUUUCGGAGCUCAGAUGGGCGGCCUGAUUCAGGUGGAACAUUGAGAAUUUAUGCAGAUAGUUUAAAACCAAAUAUUCCCUACAAGACAAUCCUGCUGUCUACUACAGAUCCUGCAGACUUUGCUGUGGCUGAAGCUUUAGAGAAGUAUGGUCUGGAAAAAGAAAACCCUAAGGAUUACUGCAUUGCCCGGGUUAUGCUUCCUCCUGGAGCCCAGCAUUCUGAUGAAAAGGGUGCUAAAGAAAUUAUUCUUGAUGAUGAUGAGUGUCCUUUACAAAUCUUCAGGGAAUGGCCAAGUGACAAAGGGAUUUUAGUCUUUCAGUUGAAGAGGAGGCCACCAGACCACAUCCCAAAGAAAACCAAGAAACACUUGGAAGGCAAGACUCCCAAGGGGAAGGAGAGAGCUGACGGGUCUGGCUAUGGCUCCGCCCUUCCUCCGGAGAAGCUGCCCUAUUUAGUAGAGUUAAGCCCAGGGAGAAGGAAUCACUUUGCCUACUACAACUAUCACACUUAUGAAGAUGGUUCUGACUCUAGAGAUAAGCCAAAGCUUUACCGCCUUCAGUUAAGUGUUACUGAAGUUGGUACAGAAAAAUUGGAUGACAGCUCUAUCCAGUUGUUUGGCCCAGGAAUUCAGCCCCAUCACUGUGACCUCACCAACAUGGAUGGAGUGGUCACUGUGACGCCCAGAAGUAUGGAUGCAGAAACCUAUGUGGAAGGCCAGCGCAUCUCGGAAACCACCAUGCUGCAGAGCGGCAUGAAAGUGCAGUUUGGGGCAUCCCAUGUAUUUAAGUUUGUGGACCCCAGUCAGGAUCAUGCUCUUGCAAAAAGAUCUGUGGAUGGAGGCCUGAUGGUUAAGGGCCCGAGACAUAAACCUGGAAUUGUUCAGGAGACAACUUUUGAUUUGGGAGGAGAUAUUCAUAGUGGGACGGCAUUACCGACAAGCAAGAGCACCACUAGGCUGGACAGCGACAGAGUAUCAUCUGCCUCUAGCACAGCCGAGCGGGGAAUGGUGAAGCCGAUGAUCAGAGUAGAGCAGCAGCCAGAUUAUCGCAGGCAAGAAAGCAGAACACAGGAUGCUUCUGGGCCUGAACUGAUACUGCCUGCAAGCAUUGAAUUCAGGGAAAGUUCUGAAGAUUCAUUUUUAUCUGCCAUUAUAAAUUAUACUAAUAGCUCUACAGUCCACUUUAAGUUGUCCCCUACAUAUGUAUUAUAUAUGGCAUGCCGGUAUGUAUUGUCCAACCAGUACAGACCUGACAUCAGCCCUACAGAGCGCACACAUAAAGUCAUUGCAGUCGUCAACAAGAUGGUGAGCAUGAUGGAGGGCGUCAUCCAGAAACAGAAGAAUAUUGCAGGGGCACUUGCCUUCUGGAUGGCAAAUGCAUCUGAACUUCUCAACUUCAUUAAGCAAGACCGAGACCUUAGUCGGAUCACACUGGAUGCUCAAGAUGUUUUAGCACAUUUGGUUCAAAUGGCAUUUAAGUACUUGGUUCACUGCCUUCAGUCAGAACUUAAUAAUUACAUGCCAGCCUUUCUAGAUGACCCUGAAGAGAACAGUCUGCAAAGACCAAAAAUAGAUGAUGUGCUGCACACGCUCACAGGAGCCAUGUCCUUGCUACGACGCUGCAGAGUCAAUGCCGCCCUGACCAUCCAGCUCUUCUCGCAGCUUUUCCACUUUAUCAAUAUGUGGCUGUUCAAUAGAUUAGUGACUGACCCAGAUUCAGGGCUGUGCUCCCAUUACUGGGGCGCAAUUAUCCGUCAGCAGCUGGGCCAUAUUGAAGCCUGGGCUGAGAAGCAGGGGCUGGAGCUGGCUGCAGACUGUCAUCUGAGCAGGAUCGUGCAGGCAACAACUUUGCUUACCAUGGAUAAGUAUGCACCUGAUGACAUUCCAAAUAUAAACAGCACCUGCUUUAAGUUAAAUUCACUACAACUUCAAGCCUUAUUACAGAACUAUCACUGUGCACCUGAUGAGCCUUUUAUCCCAACGGAUCUUAUAGAAAAUGUAGUGGCUGUGGCUGAAAACACUGCUGAUGAGCUCGCCCGUAGCGAUGGAAGGGAAGUGCAGUUGGAGGAGGAUCCUGACCUGCAGCUGCCAUUUCUUUUGCCAGAAGAUGGUUAUUCUUGUGAUGUUGUCAGAAACAUUCCAAAUGGUUUACAAGAAUUUUUAGACCCUCUGUGCCAGAGAGGAUUUUGCAGGUUAAUUCCUCACACACGUUCACCAGGUACUUGGACAAUAUAUUUUGAAGGUGCAGAUUAUGAAAGUCACUUUCUGCGUGAGAACACAGAGCUGGCUCAGCCUCUGAGGAAAGAACCUGAAAUAAUCACUGUGACCCUAAAAAAGCAGAAUGGAAUGGGCCUUAGCAUUGUUGCAGCAAAGGGUGCUGGUCAAGAUAAACUAGGAAUCUAUGUGAAGUCGGUUGUGAAAGGAGGUGCUGCAGAUGUGGAUGGACGUCUAGCUGCAGGUGAUCAACUCCUCAGCGUGGAUGGACGAAGUCUGGUUGGACUCUCUCAGGAAAGGGCAGCAGAACUCAUGACAAGAACAAGCUCUGUGGUGACACUGGAAGUAGCAAAGCAGGGUGCUAUCUACCACGGUCUGGCCACCCUUCUCAAUCAGCCAUCCCCCAUGAUGCAGAGAAUUUCAGAUCGUCGUGGCUCAGGCAGACCCCGACCAAAGAGUGAAGGCUUUGAACUCUAUAAUAAUUCCGCUCAAAAUGGGUCUCCUGAGAGUCCUCAGCUGCCUUGGGCAGAAUAUAGUGAACCAAAGAAAUUGCCCGGUGAUGACAGACUGACGAAAAAUAGAGCUGAUCACCGUUCCAGCCCCAACGUAGCAAAUCAGCCUCCUAGUCCUGGAGGGAAAAGUGCAUAUGCCUCUGGAACAGCAGCGAAGAUAACAUCUGUCUCUACUGGAAACCUCUGCACUGAGGAGCAGACGCCUCCGCCUAGACCUGAAGCCUACCCCAUCCCCACUCAGACGUACACCAGAGAGUAUUUUACCUUCCCAGCUUCCAAAUCCCAGGAUCGGAUGGCUCCUCCUCAGAACCAGUGGCCAAAUUAUGAGGAAAAGCCACAUAUGCACACAGAUAGUAAUCACUCCAGUAUUGCAAUUCAGCGUGUUACACGUUCCCAAGAAGAACUUCGAGAAGAUAAAGCUUACCAACUUGAGCGGCAUCGAAUAGAGGCAGCUAUGGACAGAAAGUCUGAUAGUGAUAUGUGGAUAAAUCAGAGCUCCUCAUUGGACUCCAGUACAUCUAGCCAAGAGCACCUGAACCAUUCCUCUAAGUCGGUCACCCCUGCUUCCACACUGACCAAAAGUGGCCCUGGCCGUUGGAAAACACCAGCAGCAAUACCGGCCACCCCUGUGGCCGUCUCCCAGCCAAUCCGAACAGACCUGCCUCCGCCACCCCCGCCACCUCCCGUCCACUACGCCGGUGAUUUCGAUGGAAUGUCCAUGGAUUUGCCUCUCCCACCACCCCCUUCCACCAACCAGAUAGGACUACCCUCUGCGCAGGUGGCUGCUGCCGAACGGAAAAAGAGAGAGGAACAUCAGCGUUGGUAUGAGAAGGAGAAGGCCCGCCUGGAGGAGGAGCGGGAGAGGAAGCGGAGAGAGCAGGAGAGGAAGUUGGGCCAGAUGCGCACUCAGUCCCUAAACCCUGCUCCGUUUUCUCCCCUGACCACACAGCAGAUGAAGCCCGAAAAGCCUUCCACACUCCAGCGGCCCCAGGAAACAGUCAUUCGGGAGCUACAGCCUCAGCAGCAGCCCCGCACGAUCGAGCGCAGGGACUUGCAGUACAUCACAGUCAGCAAAGAGGAGCUUUCCUCGGGGGACAGUCUGUCUCCUGACCCGUGGAAGCGGGAUGCCAAGGAGAAGCUGGAGAAGCAGCAGCAGAUGCACAUCGUGGACAUGCUGAGCAAGGAGAUCCAGGAGCUCCAGAGCAAACCGGACCGCAGCGCCGAGGAGAGCGACCGGCUGCGCAAGCUCAUGCUGGAGUGGCAGUUCCAGAAGAGACUACAGGAGUCGAAGCAGAAGGACGAAGAUGACGAGGAGGAGGAGGAUGACGAUGUGGACACCAUGCUCAUCAUGCAGCGCCUGGAGGCUGAACGAAGAGCGAGGGACGAGGAGCGGAGGCGGCAGCAGCAGUUAGAAGAGAUGCGCAAGCGGGAAGCGGAAGACCGAGCGAGGCAAGAGGAAGAGCGCCGGCGGCAGGAGGAGGAGCGAACAAAACGAGACGCUGAAGAAAAGGUUAUGGUCCUCUAAGGGCAGCUAGAAUUUUACCAAGUUAGCCUGAACGUAAUCGAUUGGCUGGGGCAGAGCGGGCUGGAAGUUCUGUGUGUCUUAAGAAGCACAAGGCAGAGCAGGGCCUGGCUCCCCCAGCUUUGUGAUUGGACCAGCAACUUUACCCCGUCUGGCCCACCUACCUCUCUUCUGGACUGUCUCCAGAUCCCCUUAUCUGCCAAGUUUUGUCUUCCUCAAACUUCUGAACUCUUGGGUGUGUGUAGCAGUGAGCCUCUUUGCAAAGGGUUCGUUUCCUCGGGCACUCAUCUUUACUGGACAUGGCCCAGCUUGUCAUUGUGAAGGUGACAUUUGUUCAGUGAUUGCUUAAAUGGCAUGUGGACCGUGGGAAGCAGUAGAAGCAUAGUAAGACAGUUGGCUGCCAUUCAACAUUUCAAAUAGAUGGUUUACUAAAAUCACUCACUUCUGGUUGAUGGUAAAGAGAGCAGAUGGCUUAGAAAACAUGAUACAGGAAAAUUUAGUAUGUAAUCCAGUAAAUAUUCUGAGUUACUUAUUUUCAUUUGUGUGUGUGUGUUUUUAAGUCAAGUAACCCUUUUAAUUGAAUUUUAAAAUGACAGCGAAUUUUGACAUUCUGAGAAAUGGGGAUUUUGAGAUGUUUCUCUCCAUAUCUCCCUUCGUCCUGUGUGUGGCCAAUGCCCUCUGGAUGAAGAGGCUGUAGCCAUUGAGCUCCCUGUGGGGGCCUGUUUCAUCCCGAGGGGACUGCGUGUUGCUCUGUGUGGUUUGAGAGAAACUGCUCUUCUCUGUUACUUCCCUUCUGUGAAGGUAGAAGCUUUCAGUGUUACAACUUCUGAUGGCGGAAAAUUUAGUUUUUAUUAAUAAUUCCUUCUUCGAUAGUCUAGUGAACUAUAUUAAUAGAACAGUGUACUGUUCACAGAAAAGAACUUGUAGGGAGUUUUUUGUAGUGAUAUGAUCUAUUAGGAUAUAGAGCAAUCUAAGAGUAAGCUUGAUAGACAUGAUGUGACUUCACUUAAAUGGAGUAGAGUGAAUAAGGACACUCACCUGUGUUGAAAUUGGUGAUUUCUGCAUUUCGUAGACCUUUGCCCUCUAAGUUUAUUAUCAUAUUAUCUGUUGACUCUGAAUAGCGUUUGAAGUCCUUUCAAAGAGUUUGAGCUUUCAGGAUUAGGUUCCCCUAUGAGUCUUUCACUUGUGUAAUGGUAAGUCAACAUUGAUGAUCUUUCUAAGGAAAUCAGAUUUCCAAAAUGCUGAGCCGCUUGAUGUCUGAGUGUUGACGGUGUUUGCUGCUGCUUUGCUGUUCCGUGAAAGCACUCCCUGGCUGCUUGGAGGGCUGUAUUUUUCCAGGUCAGUGCCAGCUUGGCUGUCCCAGGCCCUGCACAGUGCCCAUUGUUACAGCUGGGCCCAGUCCUGGCCACGCUGGAGCCUCGACGGGGGCAGCUGGGUUGUCACGGCAGCAGAGAGGACCAGGCCAUGUUUUUCCUAUGUUGAGAAACUCUUGGGUUAUUUAAUUUUUCCAAUGUGUUUUCAUAACUCAUGAUUAUGUCAAAUACACUUGUGUUAGUAACUGCUUCUAUAAUUAAGUGGUCACUGUAAAAAGAAGGCGAAUAACCUAUUUUUAUAUCAGAAUGUCCAAAACUCAUGGGUUUGCUUUGUUAUAGAAAAAUGUGCCAUUCAUUUGUUGGGUAGAAUAAAGUCGUCCUGUAAUUGUAUCUGCUCUUGGUAUAACUAAAAGAGGAUGUUUUGAUUUCUCCCUAAAAUGUUAUCAAGCAACUGUUCUUCAUGUUAAUACCAAGAUUCUUGAUAGUUCCAUUUAAAAGCCACAAGAAGUCAUUCUGAUUUAUUCCUCACUCCAAGGGAACACUUACUCUGUGUAGACAAGAAAAUGAGAGUCUUCCUUCAGGAUUUCUGAACAUAGAGCAAGAAGAUUCAAUGAGAAAUUGGGCUCAGGGCAGUAAUUGGGCUGGCAUUUAUUCUUAAGAGUUUUCUCCCUCAAAAGGUGGAGUGAUAUUGCAUAUUCACUCGUGUGUGUGUGUGUGUGUGUGUGUGUGUGUGUGUGUGUGGCUCUAGAGGGAGUAGGGAGAAAAUACAGCAUGAAAUUGAAAAUAGGACUAACAACUUUUCACUGAAUGCCAGCAAGGUCUCUCAAAUUAGUUUUCUUCGGUUGAACGAAUUUAAAAUUCAUUGUACUUCAUUUCACAGCAUUAAACAUUUACUCGAGGCAGUUUAUUCUGUUUGCUCUUUCAUCCCCCUUAUUUACUUUUUUCUUGUGCUCUAAAACUUUUGUCAAUCUUUAACAAAACUGUGCUGUUACCUUUUUUUAAUGUUAAAAUAAUUUUAACACUGUCAACUGUAGUUUGUGCAGAUGUAUGUGAGAAAAACAUGUACAGUAUGUGUCAAAAUAUAUUUGAAUCUCUUGUUGCUGUUGCUGUUAAUUCCUGGCUCUCUAAUUUUCUGUCUGUCAGGGAGUUCAUUAAGAUUUGAAAUAUAAGUUAAGAACUAUGGAAAGCAUAUUUGUUAGAUUGUUACUUUGGGAGAAUGAGUGUUUUUUGGGUUUUUUUUUUUUUUUUUUUUUCAUUUCUGGUUUCCUGUUGAUCUCCUUCCUAGUAACCGGAAGUAGACAGGGUGGUUCAGUCACUUCCUCCUUGUCCAGGAAGGACUGCUCCUCUGCAUUCAUGGGGGCUCAGUGAAAAAGAACGCAAGUUUGCCUUUCGGAAAGUGCUGGCUAUAGAAAGCCAGUCACAGCCUAUUUUUAGUUUUGCGUUAUCUUUAAACACUGCAGUAACAGGUAAGUUCAUAUCCUGCCAAAAUCAGAAGAGGAGAGAGAGAAAGAAGUAACAGGAGCAUGGAGGAAGGAAAGAA